AUGUCAGAACACUCAGAACUAAAUUCACGUUUUCAUGAAAAUAAUGAUUCAGUUAUUUCUAAUUUGAAAUUAAUCAUUCCUAAAUAUUAUUUUGCCUGUGAAACUUCAGACGAUAAAAUAUUGAAUACGGCUCAGACAUAUGAAGCAGAUUUACCUCAUAGUAUUGAAGCACUACGCGGUGAGUUAAAUUUAUGGAAACAAUUUUGGAAAAAUAAGUCAGAAAAGGCUGAUUCUUCAAUGGAAGCUUUUAAAUAUGCAUCUAUGUUUCCUAACAUUAAAUGUCUUUUAACAAUUCUCAGUGUCAUACCUAUAACAACAGCAAGUGCUGAAAGGUCAUUCAGUUCUUUAAAAAGGAUUAAAACUUAA